AUGGGAACAUGUUAAUAAUGCAAAUCGUAUGUUGAAAUCGGCAAUCUCACUAUCAUUGAUUAACUUAGCAAUGAUUUCAUAGUAGUGUAAGACGAUUAUUAGCAUCCUUUGUAUGGCAAAGUCAACAUACUUGAGUAUAAGGAACCCAAACAAUUUGAUUUUAAAUUAGUACAUAAACUUAUUACAUUUGUAGAGAGAGAAGACUUUCAAUAAGCAUUACAAUAUUAUGAAGCUAAAUUUUAUGGGUUCAAUCAUCCCAACCUUUUGAUUAUACAUGGUAUCUCAUCUUAAUCUUACUUUAGCAAUGUAAAAUAGAUAGAUAGAUCAAUUUUUUAAUACACAAUACAAAUUAUCACUCUUUUUAGAUUACUAUGAAACUACUCUUGCUUAAGAAUUAAUAUAUAGAAAAAAAAUAUAUUUUGAAGAAAGUGAAAUAUUAUUUUUUCUGGAUUCCUUAAUUGGUAGUUAAGCCUUUCUCUAAUCUAAGGGUCAUGCAUUGUCCUCAUUAAAAUUUGAUAAAAUCUACCUUUCUAAUUUGCUUAAUGGAGCCAUUGCAUUAAAAGUUUAAAGUCCUUUAUUUGAUCUAAAAGAUUAAGAAAUGGAAUUCAAUGCUUUAUUUGAUAAAAUAAUAAAAAGUGAGUAAGUUAAAUUGCAAGAAUAUCCAUAUUUGAGUCCAGAAUAAUGGCAAAUGAUUCAGAAUAAAAAAUUGGAACCUUAUGAUCUCUUUAAAAGCAAUGUAUUUGUUCUUGGUUUAGUAAUAAUAUUAUAUAUUCUUUUAGAUGACCUUAGAAUUAUGUUCUGUUCGUUAAAGUAUUACCUUAUAUAAAGAUUAUAUGAUUGAUUAAAACCUAUUAAAUGAUCAGAUUAAUAAGGUAAAAGAACGUUAUGGAGAAGUAUUACCAUUACUUUUGGAGGCAAUGUUAUAUUAUGAUCCAAAAGUGAGAUGCGAUUUUUUAUAGUUAGAUGAUCUUUUGAAUUUGUAACAAUUAUUAAAUGGGAAAAGAUUAUUUCAAAUUUGGACAACUGAAGAUUUCUAAUAUAGUUUUAUUGAGAAGAAAGUAUUCAACAAAAUAUAUAUAUAUAUAGGUUCAUUUUACUAAAAAAUAGCAUUCACUUAUUCAUCCAGAAGUUUAAUCAUAAUUAUCAAAUUAAUCAUUAUUAUAAAAAGGAUCACAUUUAUCACUUAAAUAAGUUUUAUCAAAAAAUUCAAAAGAAUCUAAAGCAUCAAGUGUAUAAUUAUUAAUUCAUAAUAUAAAAGUCAUUUAUUUAAAAGAGAGAAUCAUAUUCACCUUAAACAUAAAAAAAGAAUUUGUUUAAAAAAUUUGAAACAGAAUAAGCUUCAAAAGGAGGCAGUAAGAAACUAAUUACUUAAGAUGGUUUUGGAGUUGAAUCUUUAUCUAAUGGUCUAACAUAUGAAGGUAUAUUUUAGGGUGGUAAAAAGUAAGGAUUAGGUAAGUUAAUUAAUGAUGACAAUGAGAUUAUUUAUGAAGGAUAUUUCUUUGAAAACCAGUAAAUUUUAUAUAAAAUAUAAGAUAAGAUUUCAUCGUACAGGAGUACUCAAAAAUUAAAAUCCAUAAUAAUUAUCAGCACCAUUUAAUUAUAAAGAUUUUAAUUAGUUAGGAAAUAUGUGGAUUAAAUAUGAUGGAGAUUUCAAAUAAGGUAAAUAUGAUGGAUAUGGUUAAUUAACAUUGUCUAAUUAAGAAAUCUAUACUGGGCUUUUUUUAAAUGGAGAAAUAAAUGGAACUGGAGUAUUCUUAACUUAGGAUGGAAAAUAAAUUAAAGGUAAAUGGAUAAAUAAUAUCUUUCAAGAAAUGUGA